UUAUUUAAUACCUAUCAGACUCAUUGGCUGAAAAAAUGGAUGAAGACCUAAUUCUACGCGAAAUAGUUAAAAGUCUGGCGUUUGAAAUAGAGGCUGUAAACCAAGAUAAUGUCUUAACAUGGACUACUACCAACGGCACACCACUCAAUGUUAAAGUGAGAGUGAGGAAUAAAGAUGAGCCAAGACUGAUCCGAAAAGGUGUUAUACCUGUUCCAACAAUUGGCAUUACCGCACCCGAAAAACUCAGGCUUAUUUCUAGCGAUCAGACCAUUCUGUCAUUCAACGUUCACUUGGAUGGUGAAUCAGAAAAAGAGCCAAAACGUCACAAUGGUUUAAAACUAUUUAACAUUGGAAACUGCCUAGGAACAUAUAGCGAUGAUGAAGGACCCUAUUUACCGAGUUCUUCUGAACAAAAUGCCGUGGAAAGUGACCGUUGCAGCAAAUCGGCCAGCGGCAUUAAAAGGGUGUCGCCAGUUCUCAGCUCUAUAAACACAGUUACUCACACUCAAAAAAGAUUUUUUGGCAAAUGCAAACCAGGAGGAUGCCUUGAUCCACCCUUCGAUGAACCCAAUUAUGCUUAUAGCCUUCCAAAAGCAGAUCGUCAAGAAAACCUACAAGUUGAAUGUAAUAAGCUGGACGAUAAUAAAGAUGUUUGUGAACCAGGUGGAUGCCUCGACCCAUCGUUUAGUCAAGAUAAAUAUUCCUACAUUAUUUCAAAAACGCAUCAACCAGUGAAACUUGAAUUGACACCGCAAUCUACUACGGACGAAAAACAAAUACUCAGUAACAAAUCUUCGGAAGAACGUCCUAAAACACUAGAUAAGGAAACAAUAAAGGAAGAAGAUGAUUCUAAAAAACUUAUGGAUAUUUAUGCAACAACUCCGAGACAAAACUCACUGGAGGCAAAAUAUUCCCAUUCUAUUAUAACAUAUCCCACUGAUGUGUCUUCUAAUGAAACGCUAUGUGAUCAAAUUCCGCCUAAAAAACUAUCAAUAAAAAGCAAUGAUGAUGAAGCACAAAAGCAAAGUUAUGAUUAUCCAGUAUCAUAUUUUGUUCCUCCAAAAGAUGUUAUGAGAUAUAAAGAGGAAGAACGUAGAUAUAGUAGGAGGCUUUCGUCUGUCACAAUUGACAAAAGCAGUAAAAGUACAGCCCAUGAUAAGGUAGGUAAAACAAAAAGUAUGGACCAUGAUUAUAUUCCUCAGUAUGUGACACCUUCAAAAGAUAUACAGAAAGAGAAAAUUAAACCAGAUUAUACUGAUGAUGCUACUUUUAAAAAUGACUAUAGUAAACAAAUCGACAUUGUGAGAAUUGAACAAGACAACACUAUUUUGGACAUUCCAUCACAUGCUGCCACAAAUUCCAAAAAAGUGGGCAGUUAUGAAAAUUCUCUUGAUAAAGAACGUGCAUCAAAAUAUCUAAGGUCCACUGAAAGUAAUCCUAACAAGAAUGAAAACGAGUAUCUUGUAUCACGACAACAAAUGGUAUCACCAAUCGACAAUCAGAAAUUAUAUUAUGAAAAAACUAAAAACCCUGAAGAAAACAUUGGUAAAGAAAAUGUAAAGACAAAACAAGAUAAGCCAAUAGUCGUAAGAGCUGAGAUAGGAAGUAAAGAUCCGUUAAAAGAUACAUUACUUCAGUCAGAAGUUGGUUACAUUACUGGUACACAAACCGCAGACAGUGUCGAUGCAAAAAAAGAUGUGCUAGAUAUAUAUCUGACAAAACAAUCAACGCUGAAAACAGAAAAUUCUGAAUUCCCAAAUACACAUAGCGCUAUAAAAAACGAUAGCAAAUUGAAUUUUGGUAGUAAUAAUACUGAUGAUAUAUCGAAAAUAUCCCUAGUUGCCGAAGCAACAAUACCUCUUUUAGCGACAGCUACAUUGGCUUUAUCUAGGAAACAAUCAUUACAAUUUAAUGACAAACUAAACAUCAGAUUAGAUAGUUCGGUGACUGACAAAAACAUAGCUUCAUUAAAUAAAAUGUGUUUAGAAGAUUUGCUCAAAAAUUCUACUGAACAAAAACUUGAGAAUCUUGAAAAAGAACCACAAAAUUUAUCGCCGCAAAGUAUUUCAAGUAGUGAAAAUAAUGAAUUUGAUGUAUCUUCCGAACACAGUAUAGAUUCUAAGCAAGAACUUUCAAAUAACGUGGAAACUUGUAACCCAGAAAACACAUUAGGUCACAAAGAAAAACGAAGGUUAUUAGCUGAAAGCAUGAACUUUACAAGUACAAAUAAUGUCAUAGUUGGCAAAAAUAUUUUGAAAGAUGAUUAUAUUAAGUCAGACCUAGAAUCAGAAAAAAGAAGAACUAGCGCAAUUUUUCAGAAAAAGGCUUUAUCGGUGAAUCAUGACUUGGAUAUGGAGUACGAUGAUAUUAAUAAAACAGGACCACUUAAACGUAAUACGUUUACUGUUAUUGCAUCAGAUACCUCAAUACAAAAAUGCGAAGAGAUUGAAGAAAUACCAGAAAACGUGACAGAUGUUUAUUUUAAAACUACCGAUAUAUCUAAAUUUAGCUCUCCUAAUUUAACUAAAAAUAACACAGUUAUUACAGAUAUAAAUAACAAAAAACUAGAAUCUGAGAUAAUUUCAACCCCGAGAAUCAGCCAGCCAGGAAAAGUGAAAGAUUUCCAUUUAAAAGUCAGUGCUGAUACUAAGAUAGAUUCACGCAAGAAAGAAUUAGAAAGUGCAUUUUACACUGAUGUUGACGGAAGUUUAUUACAUACACACUCAGAAAAUUUUACUAAUAUGAACCAAACUAUUAAUCAAACAAAACCCAAUACGACAUCAAACGAAAACGAAAUAAAUACUGAUCUAUUAAGUAAUCGUUUACCAACACAUGUUAGAAAUAUAGAUACAAACAUUGUUGAAACUGUCCAAAGCCCGCUCAAAAUAGAAAGUGAAACCACCAAUGCAAAUUACAAGGAGAUGGAAUUGUUACAUAAACCAGAAAGUAUACAGGACUUUUAUCUAAUCAGUAAAAACGCAAAAUCUUUAGAUAUUGAGACAAAAGAUAUGGAAAGAUCCAGCGAGUCCGUAAAAGAUUCAUUACAAAAAACUACACCUGAUAAUAUACAAGAUUUGCAUGCAAAACUUUCUGUUAGUGAUGAAUCAGCUGUAAAAACAGCAAAUGUAUUUUUAGCCAAAAGAGAAUCGGAUAAUAUAUUGAAUACUGACUCUAACAUAUCUGAACCAAAAAAUAAUACGGAUAAUUUGCAGUCAAAAAUGAUGACCGAUAGCAAAUUCGUUGCUGAUUCAACUACGGAAAAUUUACCAGAAAAUGCAAGAGAUCUGUAUCCUGAAAUUAACCUUGAUGAUAAUUCUGCAUCAUUUACUAAAAACCUCGAGCAACCCGAACUAAGGGGUAUAAAAGACAUCAAACUGAAAAAUGGAAAUGAACUUAUUAGCGAUGAUAUGGAUGCAUCUCAAAAACAUUUAACAAAUAAUUUACAUACGGAGAAUGGUAAAUAUUUUUCCGUUGACUCUGCAAGCGAUAGGAUAGAAGUUGUUAACAUAUAUGACAACUCGAAUGGCAAUGAAAAGAACGUGGUUGUACCUGAACUUGUUCAGGAUAUAAAUGAUAAAAAAGAACAGAAGGAUUUCGAUUAUAAAGAGCUGGAAAAGAAGACAGAGAAGAAGAGGGUAUUAACGUAA